AGAGAGCGCAGGAGCUUCCCUUCAGUGUGCAGUGUCAGAUCUUCAAGAUGCAGCGCAUCUACAUGCACAGCAAUGAACACUUUGAAGUUUUCACCACUGUCCUUGCUCCACAAGGGAGGUAUCGAUACAAAGCAGAAGCUGAAAAGAUGGUAGUGGUGCACAGCUACAGCCCCCACUGGCCAGAUGAGCUGGAGCUGUGUCCAGGUGACGUCAUCCUGGUGCUGUCCAAACAUGAGGAGGAGAGGUGGUUUGGGCGGCUGCAGGACGGCCAGCGGGGCUACUUCCCCGCCUCCUGCGUGAUGGAGCUGAGCCAGGUUGCCCUGCGGAGGAGUGUAUCUCUGAGAAGCUCCGCCUGUGACGACGCAGGCGUACACAGCAGACACGGAAAUGGACACAUUCUACAGGCGCUCAGGAGGGGGAGCAGAGGAGGCGGGGCAGGAGGAGGAAGAGGAGGAGUGGGGCUGGAUGGGGGCCAAGGCGAGAACGAGGGCCCCUUCCCGGUGCGGAGGCCCCAGAACCCUGCGCCUGAGCCCGUGGCCUCCCAGCUUCAGACGCACAGAUCCCCAGGCCUGCUCCACAGGAUCUUGUCCAAGUGCCGGAAAAAGAAUGAAUGCCAGGGAGCCACCAAUGGGGCCUUCGAGGGCGACUAA